AAUCCUCCAAGUCUCUUUUCUCUUUCUUUCUCCCGAACUUGAUUCUUUCUUCUUCAUCUGUCGCCCUUCUUCAGCCCGCAACCCCUAUUCAGGUCCAGCGGACCCCAUCGUCUUCAAGCUCUCCAAAGUAGCCGCCCAUCAAAGCACACAAAAAAGAAGGAAACACAACUCCGCACGCAUGGCAACGGUCCCUGCUCUCCUCAACCCCUCUUUCCUCUCCCCAAAACCUCCCGAGAGAAGAACCGUUAUCUCCCUUCCCAACCCCUUUCUCACCCUACCUCUUCGUCCUCCUCCUCGUCGUUCUUUUUGUAGGCUGCAACAACGAGUUUUAGCAACUAGACCAAUUGCUUCGUCAGUAAAGGAGCAUUUGGGUCGUCUCAGGAAGACAUGGAGUGAUGUCAUGAGUUUAAACCACUGGGUUGUGCGCGACUAUGACCGUCUAGUGAAGUCCGUGAACGUUCUCGAGCCAGAGAUUAAGAGGCUUUCUGAUGGGCAGCUGACUGCAAAAACUGAGGAGUUCCGAGGCUGAUUGAGGCAAGGGAGAGACGCUGGCCCAUAUUCAAGCUGGUUAAACUUCUAUUUAAGUUUCACAGUUUUAGGCAGCUGAAUC